GCUCAAUAUCACGAUGCUGGUCGAAGUAACGAAUCCGCAUCUGUCACUGUCGAGAAGUCUGCGGUGAUGCCUGACACCGCCAACGCCGUAGCCGCCUUACAGACCAAGAUAUGGAGCGGAUCCAUCGCACUCGAGAUCCGGUUGGCAGCAUCCGAUUGCAGGACGUAUGAUAAGUCUGAGGCGUAUCUGGUGCAAUAUCCUCGACUGUCUUACCUAGGCUUUCUCCUGCCUCGAUUACACGCCUUCUUUGCGCCAAACUUGAUCAACCCUGAAGUUCCGGCCCAUGACGCCUGGAUCUCCUUCGAAAAUGUGCCGAUGAAAUGGCACUAUCCUUUAGGACUACUUUACGAUCUCUUUUCUGGUGCUGAGCCGCUUGAUCUGGAUCCACCAGGCCUGCCCGAUGCUGAAGAGUCCCAACUGUUCAGUAGCAAGCCUUCGGCAUCUUCGACCAUACCUUGGCAGCUAGUGAUACACUACUCAGACUUCCCAGCCGAUCAGCUCAUCCAACUCGAUGCAGAAGGUCGAACGAUGCAGGAUACCUACAUCAACGCAGUGAAGGAAGCAGAUUAUGUCAGAAAUGGGACAGCUAGGACGGUCAUGUCAAUGAGCAAAGAAGAUUCGGACAAUCUUUGGCUAUCUGUGCAGAAUCACGACAGACCACUUUUCAACACAGUCAAUGCCAAGCUUUUAAAUCCCCCGGGGCUUACAAUACGACACGUGCCGAUGAAAAUCUAUCUGCCCACGUCCGGCAACAGAGAAGCCACCGAGACCAUAGAGGAAGAAGUCGCACCUGGUCAUCUGAGAGUGGUGCAAGCCCUUGUUCCCAUACAACAGGCCUCGAAGCAGCCACAGACGCUCGGCACUGCGCUGAACACUGUGCUACCUACAAUCUUUCCAAGUAGAAGGAGUCCUAUCUACGCUCGGCCCGUGUUGCAUGGAGCCGCUGUACCUCUUGCUGCCAGGUUGGACGACCUUGGCAAGGCUGGAGCUUACACAGACGGAUUUCUGCAUGUUGCUAUCGUGAUGCAUGGAUAACAAUGCUCAAGACAAACAUACCGAGUAGGGAAACAAUGCAGACGGGCAGAGAUGCCUCUUUCCCUAGCCCACAUGUAGCUGACCCGUGCGGCUUAUUGUCUCUGAAUGACCGAUGCAAGCGCACACCGCACAUAAGCUAGUUCCAUGAGCACAGGUAGCCAUGCACAAGCUCGGAGGCACAAUAGCUAUCAUCGAACAUUGCAUGUGCAAAUCUCGGCCUCUGCUAUCCGAGGGUGGAGACUACUGCAGCUGAUCUACCCUCCCAUUCACCAUUCUGUGGGCCGCUGGCCAAUCGAGUCCCUUCCGCUGCGGUGAGUGAAUACAAACAUUUGUGGGUUGCUGGACCCACAGAAAACUUACU